UGCGAGACUGGGUCCAGGAAAGGAGAGCGAGAGAGAGAAUUGUGCCCCAUGUGACUCCUUCCCCCUUCCCCAUAGAUCAGUUAGUCAGUGAGUCAGUGAGUCACCUCUGAUGGGGGUCACGCACUGCAGGUAUAGGUAGGUACAGGGAUGUAUGCACUGUGCUACUCUACUGUACAAUAAUCUACUUAAGAGUAAACGGUAUGGUAGAUUAGAGUGGAGUGGAGUGGAGUGGAAUGGAGUAGAGUAGAGUUGAGCCCACUCGAGGAAGCGUCGUUGCCUAGUACCCUGGAAUCCAUGCCAUGGCAUCGCUGGGCGUGAGCUGGGGGAUGGAGACAACUGCGAGGAGCUGUAGGUUGGGCCCUACUUGUACUGCUGCUGCCGCCUAGUGGGUUGGGAAUAGGAGCAGGAGGAAGAAUUCAGGGGUGGGGAAUCGAUUUUCGUAGGCGUCUUUGGGAAAACCGUCUUGGAUACUUUGAAUCGCCUUUCUAGGGCGGCACAGGAGUUAUGGCCAAGAGUGGCAACAAUAAUGUGGGUAGGGGGGGGUGGGAACGGCUUAAGCUGGGGCGAAGUAUGCGGACGGGGGUAGAAGAGUCUGCAGUGAGAGAGGAACCGGGAUUAGUCAAAGCUGCGUCAGUUGAAAGACCGCCACCAAUUCAAUGAUCGCGGUCUCUUGCCUUGUUCUGCUGUUCGCCUUGAAAUCAGAAAUCUACUCGAUCGUCUUCGCAGCCGUCGUCGUCAUCGUCAUCGUUGUUGUUGUUUUUGUUGGUUUUUCCUCUUUCGGCUUCAUCUCCAUCUCCCUCGAAUUGUCUACGCUUCACACCCGUGGCUUCUAUCUUCACUACAGUUGCUCUGGACCCAGCUCAUCAACUCGCCCAAUUUCUGCUUUUGAAAACAAUUCCUGCAUUCCGAUUUCAAGUGUUCGACGAUUUGGCUUCACGGAUUUCAGUUCUGAUUUUUGAAGGUAGCGACUGGAAUAGUUGUGGAAGGUCUUCUGGAAGAUGGAUGCUGAGUGAGCCAUACACGAGGCCUGAUCAUCUGCAUCAAUAGAAGUGUGAUAUUUCAAUCCAGGUUGAGUUGGCUGGAUUGAUUGUGGGUAGGGGAGGCUGGAUACCUUUGUCAGCUGUUCACUCUUUCCAUUCGCUCGCAGUGUAUCUGGCAGAUUCUUCUGCCUCGAGCACAAUCGGGUUUCUUCUGCGUGUAUCGUCAUUUUUGGGCUUCAGGCUAGCUGCGACGCUAUGAAAGUAUCGUGUGGUCGUUGAUUUGCUCAACCUGUGAACCACGCCCAGGUCCAAGUCUGGAAUAGAAAGAUUGCGAGAAGAAUAAUCACCGUCGCCUAAGCAUGCAUUACUGAUAAAAGAUCCAGGACAAGUGAAUGCGGCGUUUGAUGAUGUUUCACAUCAAGUUUGAGCUUUAGUUUCGGAGUGUAAGGAUUCGACAUCAAUGGGGGCUGACGAUGGUAUUGAGGUCUUUAAGGCUCGCGCACAGUAUAUGCGCGAAAUCUUAGAAAAGAGCCAAUCAAUUACAGAUUCCGUAAUCACAAUCUUGGGUUCCUUCGACGAUCGGCUAUCUACUCUCGAGGCUGCUAUGCGCCCGACUCAAGUGAAGACGCAAGCUUUUCGAAAAGCACAUGAAAAUAUUGAUGGUACCUGUCAUGAAGUUCGAUCUGUGCUGCAGCAAUUUGAGGUUGCUCGUCAGGUGGAAAGUAAGGUUCUUCUGGGCCCAAAGAGCGAUCUAGGUGGCUUUUUGGAAGCUUGUGACACGCUCCAGAAAAAUGUUGAGUAUCUAACGCUUAACCGAAGUUUGGAAGCCAGCGACUCUGCUCUGGAUCAUGCCAGAGAUUUGUUCGGCAAGGGCAUGAUCCGUCUUGAAGAACAUUUCAAGGUGCUUCUAACUAAUCACAGUAAGCCUGCAGAUCCUGCUCGACUCAUGGAAACAUUGCCGAUGCCUGGGAAGAAUGUGCCAGAGGCCGCACAGAAUGGUGGAGGUGAGGAGGUGAAGCUUUUACUCACAAAUAUUCCUUACAAUGAUAAGGCUCUUAAUCCACCAACUCUUCCAGUCCUAAUAUCACCAAGAAUCGUUCCUCAACUGGCUGAGAUGGCACAACGCUUAGUCGCUGCUGGUCUUCAUCAACAGUGCCUAAGGAUCUAUCGGGAUGUGAGAGGUUCGAAUUUGGAAAAGAGUCUGCGGAAUUUGGGGGUGGAAAGUCUGAGCAAAGAUGAUAUAAUCAAAACACCGUGGGAGUCGCUUGAGGGAAAGAUUACCAAUUGGAUACAGUACAUGCGAAUUGCUAUUAAACUUCUCUUUUCCGCUGAGCGGAAGCUGUGUGAGCAGAUAUGGUUCCGCCUCGACCCUCACAGAGAGAAAUGUUUUGCGGACGUGACUGAUUCUAGUGUUCACAUGCUGUUGAGUUUCGGAGAAUCCAUAGCCAAGAGCAAAAAGGCAACAGAAAAGCUCUUUGUGUUCCUUGACAUGUAUGAAACUAUGCGUGACCUUCGGCCUGAGAUUGAAAUUGUUUUUUCAGGCGAAGCAGCCUCAGGCAUGCGGGAGGCAGCGACAGGGCUUAUCAAGCGGUUGGGUCAGACAGCUAAAGACACUUUUGCAGACUUUGAAGAUGCAGUGAACAAAGAUGCAACUAAAACACUAAUUCCGGAUGGGACGGUCCAUAUGCUUACUAGUUAUGUGAUCAAUUACGUCAAGUUUCUGCUGGACAGCUAUCAGAACUCAUUGAACGAAUUGUUCUCAGGCAGCGCAAACGGCGACAAGUCGUCAUAUUUGGCAUCUGCUAUCCUGCGCAUAAUGACAGCGUUGCAAACUAAUCUAGAAGGGAAAGCGAAAUUAUACAAAGACGUUGCGCUUUCUCACUUGUUCCUGAUGAAUAAUAUACAUUAUAUGGUGAGAUCUGUCCGCAGAUCAGAAACAAAGGAUGUUUUGGGUGACGAUUGGGUACAGAGACAGCGAAGGGUUGUGCAGCAGCACAACAUGUUUUACCAACGAGCUGCCUGGAACAAGGUAUUACUGUACAUCACCGGGGCAGGAAACGGAUCCAGUUCUGGCGAUGGCGGCAAUAUUUCUAAGACUCAGCUCAAAGAGAGGUUGAAGGGCUUCAGCUUAACAUUCGAAGAUCUGUAUAUGCGCCAAACGCAAUGGACAGUACCUGAAAAUGAGCUGAGAGAGGCAGUAAGACUGCAUGCCCAGGAGAUUAUUCUCCCUGCCUACCGCGCCUUUCUGAAGCGUCACAGCACUAUUCUUGAGGGAAAACAAAGCGUGAGCAAGCACUUGAAGUACACCCCCGAUGAUCUAGAACACAUGCUGAAUGAGUUGUUCGAAGGCAAGUCUCGGCAUGAACCCAGAGCGCCAGGGCGAGUACCAAGCCGUUAACAGGCUUGGCCUUUUGUUAAUAUGUUGAACAAGCACCUCUAUUAUUUUGUGAAAAUAACACUAAACAUUGGUGUAACUCAAGUAUAUAAAUAUUUGGUAGGGUAAUGACUGUCAUUUUUAUGUAGUGACGACACAAUAGUGAUGUAUCUACUUUUUUUCCUCUUCUUGUUCCUCUUUGAUAUUCGUUUAUAGUUUUUGAUUUUUUUGGUUGCUGUCAACUGUAGCACUGGAAACACAUCACAGUAAACGCACAUUUGUGAAGUGCAUAAUUUAGACUUAGCUUUAGGAUAGUGAGUGUUCAUUUAGAGUGCUUCGUCCAUCAAGUUACCAGGCACCAUAGAAGAGAUUCAAAAGCUUGAAUUUCACUUUUUAUUUAUGGUGAAGUCUUUUUGAAAGAAAAAAAUAAUAAUAAAAAUUCAUUCAAAAAUCAA